AUGGCACGUACGAAGCAAACAGCUCGAAAAUCAACAGGUGGAAAAGCACCACGCAAGCAACUAGCAACAAAAGCAGCAAGAAAGUCAGCACCAGCUACUGGUGGAAUUAAGAAACCACAUCGAUUUCGUCCUGGCACUGUCGCUCUACGAGAAAUUCGACGCUACCAAAAAUCAACAGAGUUAUUAAUUCGAAAACUACCUUUUCAACGAUUAGUUCGAGAAAUUGCACAGGAUUAUAAGACAGAUUUACGUUUUCAAACGUCAGCUGUUCUAGCUUUACAAGAAGCUUCGGAAUCGUAUUUGGUUGGAUUGUUCGAAGAUACAAACCUUUGUGCGAUUCAUGCAAAACGUGUCACAAUCAUGCCUAAAGAUAUUCAAUUAGCUCGACGAAUUCGUGGUGAACGUGUUUAA